AUGUCGGGCUUUGGUGACUUCACGUCCAUCUGCCAGAAUGCGCCGCUGCCGCUCUGCGCUUCCGUCGGUCCCCAGCUCGCAGGCGUCGACCACGUCGGUAUUGAGCCUUCAUGCUAUGCGCGCAACAUUGAGCUCGCCAACACCAUCAUUUUCGAGGGCGCCGCCUCAGCCACCCACAUCUUCGCCCUCUUCAUGACUGUCGUCAUGAUUCUGCACGUUCGCUCCAAGUUUACCGCCGUCGGCCGCCGCGAGAUUUUGACCUUUUUCUACCUGUACAUGCUGCUCUCCUUCUUCUCCCUUAUAGUCGACGCCGGCGUCGUGCCCCCGGGCUCCGGGCCGUAUCCGUACUUUGUCGCCCUGCAGAGCGGCUUCACCAGCGCCCUCGUCACCUGCCUGCUCAUUAACGGCUUUGUCGGCUUCCAGUUAUACGAGGAUGGCACGCCGCUGUCAGUUUGGCUGCUCCGUGCCUGUUCGCUCGUCGCAUUUGCCAUUACAUUUCUUGUCUCUAUUGGCACUUUCAAAGGCUGGGCUGGUCUAUCGCCCACCAGCACAAUCGGCCUGUUUGUCGUCUUAUACCUGCUAAACGCAAUUCAGCUGUUUGUCUACGUCGUCAUGCAGGUGCUACUCGUCACGCGCACCCUGCAGGACCGAUGGCCGCUCGGCGACAUUGCCUUUGGCGUCUUCUUCUUUGUUAUCGGCCAAGUUAUGCUGUAUGCCUUUUCCGACAAGCUGUGCCGCGCCAUCAGCCACUACCUUGAUGGCUUAUUUUUCGCCACUGUCUGCAACCUCUUAGGCGUCAUGAUGGUGUACAAGUACUGGGACUCCAUCACAAAAGAAGAUCUCGAAUUCUCUGUCGGCACACGCAUGAACAACUGGGAGGUCAAGGAGCUACUCCCAGAGGAGGAUCGUCGCGCCACGAUGUACAUGGACGACCCCUACGGCCAAUCGACCGCCUACGAUAUGCCAUACUCGCCCACGGCACGCUAUUCGGCAAAGUACUAG